AAAGAACUGAAAACAUUGGAAAGGAAGUAUGAGGAGGAAUCUGCAAUUGAUGAAGCCAUGGAUUCGUUGUUUUUGCUGCUUCCGAAAAAUAACAUUCUAGAGAGGGGAAGGAAACUCGAAGAAAUCGCCAACAAGCUCUCCAGCUCCGAGAUGCCUCAGUGCGAGUUCAACAUGAAACUGCUGAGCAAAUCUAUGGACAGUUACAUCAGCAAACUUAUCGUGCAGAACGAGUCCUUAGGGGCGGCCAUGGCGGAGAAGAGGAGAAAAUUACACCAGCUAUAUUGUAACAUACAGGCUGAUGAAGAUUACCAGUGGCUGUCAACAGGAAACUUGGCUAAACUUGAGAAACUGACUGAAAGACUUGACGUCCGUCACAGUGAACAGGUGAAAGAGGGCCAGAAACAGCUGAAGACUUUGAAUAAAGAAUUAUCUGAAGUUGAAAUGCUUGCAAAUCAAGCAGAAAGUGCUUGUAAAGCCUUAUCAAGUGCAAGACAUAUUGAAUGAAUUAACAUUCUUCUGUAGUUUUUCAAAGGAUUAAAAGUUAUUUUAGAGUA